AUGUCUGUUCGAAUAUGUUAUUUGAACAUAUAUGUGGGACGUUUUACCCAAGUGAUAGAGUCAUUCACUCAAAUAACAGGUUACAUUGUGUAUAUUCCACUGUUGUUGAGAAUGGCAAAUGAUGUUGAAGAAAACCCUGGGCCGACAAUAUAUGAUGUGGUUGACCCAACUAAAACAAUCUGUGCUGAUUUUAGCCAAGGCAAUGCCAAAAAAUUUCGACAAAAUGCUGGUAAACAAUGUUUAGCCAUGUCCUUGACUGCAAUAAUAUAUGAUCAUAUUACAAAUGUUAAUGGAUGGGAUUCCGUAUUAUUGAAUGAUAUAUUGUGUACUGGAAAUAACCUUUAUUCUUUUAUAAGCAAUUCUGUUAAGAAAAGCUAUUUACUUUUAACUGAUGUGCCAGAAAUGGUCUCAGUUUUUGAUCACAUCUAUCAUUUACAAUUUGGUGACCCAUUUGCAGGUGACAUAUUCAUGACAACUACCAAUCUACCUUAUUAUUCUUUGGAGAAUGCUUUCAAUAAUCUGUUUGGAGUGACUCAAUUAAACUUUCAAUAUUGCCUGUUGACUAUUAAUUACAAUACUGUUGCAAUUUUUAAGACUUCUGACGGAACCUUUAAAAUAUUUGAUUCUCAUUCAAGAGAUUUAUAUGGCAUGCCACACCCUUUAGGCAAAUGCAUAUUAGCAUCUGUUGAAAGUAUAGAAGACCUGGUAAUUUAUUUCCAGAGUACUAUACCUCGAGGCAAUGAAACAGCUUUUGAAGUGAAAGGACUAGCUGUUCAGGAAACAAAUUUCAAUAUAACACAAAUAGAUGCACCUACAUCGAGCCAAAGUGGAAAGAAACAUGUGACACUGGAAAGUGACAGAAAGUAUAGGAAAAUGAAACGAGCAGUAGAAAAUGAAACUGAAAAACAAACUAGACUUGAAAAUAUGAGAGACUAUAAAAAAGCAAAACAAGCUGUUGAAAGUCAAACUGAAAGGCAAACUAGAAUUGAAAAUGAUAAAAAAUAUCGAAAUAAGAAACGAGCACAAGAAACUGUGAUUGAAAAGCAAACUCGUCUUGCUAGUGCUAAUGAAUACAAGAGAAAACGUAGAUCUUCUAGUUCAAAUCAGGGAGAUUAUUUAAACAAAUGUGACAUAUUAAAUGGCAGUAUUCAAGAACAGAGUUGGGCAAAGUCUAACAUUAAUAAAUUUAACAAAUCUAUUGAAUUCUUUAUCAGUCAAUGCACAAUAUGUAAAGAGGCAUGGCCAUUAAGAUCUAAACCAAAAUCACACGAUAGUUAUGUAUGUUUACGAUGUUCCAGAGACACAAAAUCUCCUAAAAAGUUUAGUUUUGAAAACUCAAUGAUUCCUUCACCUGUCCCAGACGAGUUACAAAAUUGUACUCAGAUUGAGGAAAUGUUGAUUGCUCGAGCUCUGCCUAUCAUGAGAGUUUAUAUUAAACCAGGUGGACAACGAGGUUACUCAGGCCAUUGUGUUAACUUGCCACAAAACAUAAAAGUACUUGCAACAUCCUUGCCAAGAUAUCCGAAAGAAUUGUCUGUGAUUAUUGUUAAGGUGAAAGGUAGAGAUAAUACUUUUAGAGAUGUUACUGUGAGAAGAGAAAAAGUACACAAUGCCUUAUUAUGGCUAUUGCAAAAUAACCCUCAUUAUUCUGAGUUAGAAAUUAAUGAAGAUGCAUUAAACUCUUUGCCUGAAAAUGGCAUUCCAGCAGAUCUCAUGACAGUUGAGACUGAAAAUGAAAUAAUCUCAAAUGAUGAUGUCAUGCCAGAUUUGGGCCCACCCACUGAUAACCUUUCUGAAGAUAUAGUUUAUAAUGACUCUACAGAUAUGAAUAGUUUCUUGCCCGUUGGUGACCAGCAAGAACGAGAAAUAGAAGCAGUUAGGAAUCAGCUUUCUGCAAAUAAACCAAUGCCAUGGCCCACUAUUGAAAGUGAACCAUUGAAUGAAUAUCAGAUAUCACAUCUGGCCACUAUGGCUUUUCCAACAUUAUUCCCUGAUGGAAAGGGCGAUCCAACUAAUCAAGGUCUGUUGAGGGACGUUGCUCUUCAAGAAAGAGUUAAACACCUUUUAAAAUUUGCUGAAUAUAUUAAUGAUAAGUGGGUGUACCGUUUUGCUAACCACCCUAGAUUUUCCUACUGGGCUUUUAACAUGAUUCAGAGAAAACGUAUUUUACAACAGAGUGGAAUAUUCCUAAAACAAAAUCCAGGUGAGGCACAUCUCACUAUUGAUGAACUUCGUGCAAUGGCAGCAAGUAACAAUGCAGAUGUAUUCAUGUCUAAAGUAUCUAGAUAUGUUGGCAAUAUUGCAGGUACAAAUGCUUACUGGAACAAGGUGAGAGAGGAACUAAAAGCUAUCAUAACCAAUGUUGGAGCACCAACAAUAUUCUUUACUUUUUCAUCAGCAGAUAUGCACUGGCCAGAAUUACAUGCUCUGUUUGGAGAAAAUACUGAUAAUACUGCUAGUGCUCAGAUAAGACGACAAAACGUUAUUAACAAUCCACAUAUAGUUGAUUGGUUUUUCACACAGAGAUUAGAAAGCUUCAUUAAACACUGGCUUUAUGAUACUCUUGGUGCUCAAUGGCACUGGUUUAGAUAUGAAUAUCAAGGUAGAGGAAGUAUUCAUUGUCAUGGUACUGCUAAACUAAAGAAUGACCCAGGUUUGUGUCAACUUACUCAGACUGCUCUAAAAGGAUUCUUAGCUCAGAAAUUUAAGGACAAGAAUGAUUGUCUGGAUACAACAGAACUAGACCAGGAUAUUGAAGCUGGUAAGAGAGCUGCUGACACAGCAUGUCAGUAUGUUGAUUGGUUGUUGUCAACUGUCAAUCCAAAUCCACCAGAGAAGGACAUGUGGAUAAGACCACAAGUUCACCCAUGUCAGAAACGUUAUAAUGACAUCCCUGCAUUUGAAAAGGAAUCUGAUUAU